CUCAAGACUAAUUGCCUUUCAAACAUCGCGGCCUGUUCUCAGGAUGGAUCCAUGUGCAGCCGAGGUCCACCUCCACAAAGAUGAAGAUCAUUCCUGCUCUCUGCUUCUGCAGCUCAACAGACUGAGACAGGAGAGCAUCCUGACGGACGUGGUGCUGUGUUCAGGGACCACACAGAUCCCCUGCCAUCGUAACGUCUUGGUGUCCAGCAGCCCUUACUUCAGCGCCAUGUUCUGCAACAACUUUGUGGAGAGCCAACAGACCAGGAUUGAUCUGAAGGGAGUCCCGUCAGGCAUUCUGAGCAUCAUCAUCAACUACGUUUACACUGGACUCGUUAGCAUCAGCAUGGACAUUGUGCUCCCUCUGAUGCAGGCAGCGUCCAUGUUGCAGUAUGGACGCCUGUUUGAGGCCUGCUCUAGGUUCCUUCAGGAACAACUGAAUCCAAACAACUGCUUGAGCAUGAUAAGACUUUCUGACAUAAUGAACUGUAAUAGUUUAAGAGACAAAGCUAAAGAGAUGGCCAUGGAGAGCUUCUCUGAUGUUUCGGCCUCUGAGGAUCUGCAUGAGCUCACCCUACAGGAGCUGAUGGGAUACCUGGACGAUGACGGUCUUUGUGCAGAGGAGGAGCAGGUCUUUGAGACGCUUGUUGCUUGGAUACAUCAUGAUCCCAUGUCCAGGUGUGGGGCGAUCAGCGACCUCUUCAGGAAGGUUCGCCUUCGUUACAUCCACCCCACCUACCUCUUCCAGUUCAUAGCAAAUGAUCCUCUAAUCCAGUCAUCCACCCUCUGCACCGAGCUCAUCGAGUCUGUGAGGCGCCUCAUGUUCUCUGUCGGCACCAAGAUCAACGGAGACCCUUCAGUAGAUUUUGUUUGGGAUGCCCCGCGGCGCCACACCUACAAUGAGAUGUUGUUGGUAGUUGGAGGGAGGAAGAACAACGAGCUGACGUCAAGGGAAGCGUUAGCCUUUGAUGAGAAAAGCCAGAAGUGGCAAUGGCUCGCCAAGCUUCCAGUUCGUCUUUACAAAGCGUCCUACGUGGCCCUUCACAGCGUACUGUAUGUUCUUGGAGGCUGGACCACAAAUACAAAAGACAGUCAAGUCAGCAGGACUGUCUACACCUUGUCUCUCAAGACCAAUCAGUGGCGGACCGCAGAGCCCAUGCUUCAGCCUCACUUUGCCCACCACAGUGUCUCCUACCUGCACUUCAUCUUCGUCUUGGGUGGCCUUGGGCCCGAUAGACAACUAACAGACGGCGUGGAAAGGUACAACAGUAUGUUCAACCAGUGGGAGUCGAUGGCGCCGAUGCCUGAGGCGGUUCUCCACCCUGCAGUCGCCACUACCAACCAGAGGAUCUAUGUGUUUGGAGGAGAGGAUGCCAUGCAGAACCCGGUCAGAGUCAUACAGGUUUACCACAUCGGCAGGAACAUGUGGUCUAAGAUGGAGAACAGAACGGUGAAGAAUGUCUCUGCUCCGGCUGUUGCUCUGGCAGAAAAAAUCUACAUUGUUGGAGGAUACACCCGCAGAAUGAUGGCGUACGACACCAAGGCCAACAGGUUCAUCAAGUGUGCCAACCUGAAGGAGAGGCGGAUGCACCAUUCUGCCACCGUGCUCAACCACAGAGUCUACGUCACAGGCGGGCGCUGCCUCAACGGACACGACGCCAUUCAAGACUUGGACACUUUUGAGUGCUACGACCCAAAGACGGACACUUGGACGUGUAAAGGAAGUCUGCCGUGUCAGUUAUUUGACCACGGCUUCCUGACUCUGACGUGCGUGUCGCACAAUCUUAAAAAUAUUGUAUGA